AGAGGUGGCUGCAGUCAGUGAUGAUUUUACAACACGCUGUCUCCUGCUGUUUAAAGGAUUUAGGCUGGGAUGAAAUGUUUUCUAAUAAUUAGUGAUUUUUGUGUUUGUUUAUCACCUGCACGGAGUUCCGUGAAAAGGAAAGCAUCCCUUUUCUGUGUUGAAUUUCACACACAGAGCGGAGCGCGUCAGUCGCAGCUACAGACAAGUCGAGCUUUUCAAUGAGAUGAUUUACUGAGAAACAAACGCGUUGAAGCUCCAGCAGAGCUCUGCGCGAUUCUGAAAGACCAAAGUAAAGUUACUCCUUGCAAAGCAUGUUGUUUGUGUUCUUUCUUUAUCACACCAGAAGAAGUCAUGAAUAUAUUUGAAUGGGAAGGCUACAGUUAAAAAUAAAUAUUAGUAAAUAAUAUGAAAAGAGGAUUCCGCUACUAGACCAGUGUGAAACUCAAACCAGUGAAGAUGGACGGCAGCGUGUCCGUGUCGCUCUUUCAAGACGAGCUCGCCUCUACCAUCGAGCACGCAGUGAAAGCGGCUCUACACACCGUCUUGUGCGCGAUUACUAAAGCUGUCGGCAGCAAAUUCACUGAAUUCAGAGUGGAAAUGGCUGGAAAGGAGAAAGAGAAUGAAAGUCUGAAGCUGAGAUUGGAAAUAUCAGAGAGCGAGCUGAAAGCUCUGCGAGGGUGUAUAAACGCUGCAGAUGCAGACACUAAACAACCUUUAAUAUUUCAAGAUCCCAAAGAGAGCCACGCUAUCCCUGAAUCUGAAGCACAGGAGUGGCCAAAGAUAGAAGCAGAUUACACACAAGAGGAGUCCUUUGAGCAGGAGUGGUGUGCAAGUCUAAUGCAGGUUACAGAGCUGGCAUGUGUUAAAGAUGAAGAGGUCCCUCAACAGGAAUGUGUUCCUAUUAAAGAGGAAUUCAUAGAGCAGGAAUGUGUCCCCAUCGCAGAGGAACUUCCUCAUGAAAAUCAUGUCUGUACACUUGAGGAGAACAACAAGCUGGGAUCCAACCUGUGUGAUGAUUCUCCAUCUGAAUGUGAACUGGGAUUCAGAGCUUCUAAAGUAGAUGAAGGAGAACACGACUCCACUCUAUCACCCCAGUGCAAAAACUCUUCUAGAGGCAAACCACAGUGCAAGAAACACAGAGAAACGACACCCCAAGAAGAAAAUGUGAAGACAUUGAGAACUCACUCAGUUACAAUCCCUUCUUUCCCAGACAGACACCCACUUACUGUGGAGAGUACAGAGACGGCACAUUCUGUGUGUUUUAACAAUUCUGAAACCCAGGGCAACUUGAAGACCUUGCCUCAUUCUAUUAAAGGUGGGAAGAGUUCCUGUCAAUUAGACGCUCCUGAAACUCACAAGGGAAAUCCCACAGGAGGGACUACGUUUUCCUGGGCUGAUUGUGGGAAGAGUUUCAAUCAUAUAUCACUGCUUAAAAGACACCAGCGCAUUCACACAGGAGAGAAACCUUCCCACAUACAGACCAGUGCUAAGAGUUUCACACAGUUAGGAAAUCUUCAUUCACACCAGCGCAUUCACAUAAGAGAGAAACCUUAUCACUGUACUGAGUGUGGGAAGAGAUUAAGUAAUUUAGGAAACCUUAAAAUCCACCAGCGCAUUCACACAGGAGAGAAACCUUAUCACUGUUCUGUUUGUGGGAGGAGAUUCAGUGACUUAGGAUCCCUUAAAAGGCACCAGCGCAUUCACACAGGAGAGAAACCUUAUCACUGUGCUGUUUGUGGGAAGAGAUUCAACCAGUUAGGACACCUUAAAAGACACCAUAACAUUCACAUAGGUGUAUAAUCCUAUCCCUGCACUUAGUGUGAAGAAGUUAAGUCAGUUGAAGACUCUUACAGGACUAGAGAACAUUCUCAGAAAUGCAGACACUUGGGGACAACUAAACAACAGGAGUGCAUUUGACUAAAUACAGAAAUAUUAACUGAAAACAGAAGUCGCUUGAUAAAUCUGGUCACCCCUAAUCACAAUCUGUUCAGAUCAAAAACUCACCAAAAUCUGUGUUCAUCAUGUUGUUGAGCAUUCUGAUUGUGUUACAUCACAUUAGUAAUAUAUUAAAUAGAUUGUUAUUAGGAGUGCAAGUUUCUCUUUGUCCUCCUGCAUUGCUCAGCCUCUUGCAGUGUGUUGUGUGGAAUCUUCCCUGAUACCAUGGUGAAUCUGCGGUACCUCAAGACGCAGCACAGUAUACCACAGUUAUCAUGCGGGCAGCUUGAAGUGUAAAAUCAAUACUGUUUCCAGCAGGGUGCACCAGAGAGCUGUUAGCACUUUAAUGGGCUGCAUACCAUUGCUUCUUAACAAGGUGAUUUCUGCUCCCGAUGUGUUGAAUACUCCCCUCUCUCUCUAGUACUUGUCUCUCUGCUGUGCUUGAAAGAGUGACUACAGUUAACUUCAACUUUUUAAAACCUUUAGUCUCCUCUAGUCUUUUUUUUUUGUUCCAGACUGAAUAGAUUUAGUUCCCUCAACUGUUCUCUCAACAUAUUUAGGGUUGGUUGAGUGUACAAGGAAAACAACUGACUCUGGAGAGGAGUUACCAAUCAAUGCCAGCACACUGGAGAUCCAGAAUUCAGAACACAGAACCAGGGAGGACAUUCGGCCCAUCAGUGCAGCAGCUGAUUGAUCUCAAACCUGUUAAGUCGGGUCUUAAAGGAUCCCAGCCCUAACAACAUGACUUGUUAACCCAUUCCAUCCCCCCACCACACUCUGUGAGAAGGUGUCUCCUACCCUCUGUCCUAUGGCUAUCCACACUUAAUAUCCAGCAGUGUCCUCUGGCCCUGGUGUCAGUGCUAUGCUUGAGGUAUUAGUUUGGGUUAACUUUAAGCCCUGGGAUUAGUCUUCACCUUUAUGAUUGCUUCCCCGUUGCUGGUAGAAAUGAGUCUAUCACAACACCAAGGUCUUUCUCUCACACCCACUGGGUAUUUCAAUCCUACUUUUUUCCUUCUAAAAAGAGACUUAGUAAUACAAUUGUGAAAUGUUUCAAUAAGAAACAUGCACUCCACACUGUACAGCAGCUGACUGAUUUGCUAAUGAAAGAAGCAGCUCAACCACAACACCUGGUAUAAUGAACAUGUUUGUGAGCUGAGUGUUUGCAGUACUGUACUGUAGAUAUGAAAUUCCAGAGAAUGCUUCAUUUUGCAUGACUGAUAACUAAUCAUUCUAUUGCCUUUAAUACUGUAUAUGGGGCCACCUGUCUGCACCUGCUGAUCCCAGCACUGAUCCUGCUCUGUGUUAAGAGAACAAUGGAGAUCACUGACACUGUGUCAAUAGAUUUGGAUCAUAGGGUAUAGAGGAAAUAGUUUUCAAGUGAAGUAUGGAACUUUGGAAGAGGAGGGCAUCACACAGUAUCACAGUGUAGAGAAAGAAAGGGUCCUUGAUGAGGGUUUAGUGGUGAAGGAGUGCAUUUGCCUGGGAGAGGGUAUAAAACAGAGCAGGGUGGAGGGACCAGAGCAGCUGAAGAGUGGAAAAGCAGCAUCAGCACCUUGUCAAGAUGAAAGCCUGGACUACAAGAGCCAUUCUCCUCUCGGUCCUGACAGCAUGGCUUCUGUCAGGGGCUGAUGCAAGGAGCCUCCUUGAGGACUCUGAAGAGCUGGGAGAUGAUGAUUACCAGGCCAGCAAGAGAGAACUGGAUCUCAGCAACACUUUGGAAGACUCAGAGGAGCAGGAAGGAGCACUGGAGAACAAGAGAGCACUGGAGGCAGAGGAUUCAGGUGACAGUGAUGCUGAGCUGGAUAGUGAUGGACUCAAAGGAGAGCGGGAGUUGGGAGACAAUAUGAUGGAGAAAAGAGCUGACAUGGAUUCUGAAGUGGUCCUGACACAGUCCAUGGUAGUGAAGAAGGAUGCCCUGUCCAAAAGAUACUACAGAAGUAAGUGUGUGUCUGUCUGGAGCUGGCUCCUGGUUUGGUUGAACUGCAUGGAUUGUAGACUGCAGGUCAAUUGAUUGAAGACAUUGAGAAACACUUCAGUAUUACAACAUAUUCUACCAUGGAGUGGUUUCAUAGUUGUGGACAGACUGGAGGAAACACUUUGAAAUGAGCCCCUUGGUGUCUUCAUUAAGCCUGUAACAGCCAUCAGAAUCAACUGAUAUUCUCAGAGGAACAGAAAACAUUCCAGUAAAUGGAACACAAACAUGAAUAUAAAGUGAACUAUUAAAUCCAAUAACCACUGUUUCUGUUUUUCUUUUUCUUUGGAACAGCUUACUGUUGUAAGUAUUUUAUUUCAUUAUGGAACAUUAAUAUAUAGAAAUGAAUUGUAUAUAUUGUUUUAAAUUGUAUUUAAUGGUGUAUGUUUAUUUCAUUUCCAGAUUAUAGCAUCUGUGCUCGUGGUAAGUGUGAAUCUGAUAUUUUAAUAAAAAUGUGACUGCACACUACAAUACAAUACACAUGUACUGUGCGCUUCACAAGAAAUGAAUACAUGUUAACAAUGGGGCCUCCUGCAGCUGAUGUUGAAAAUAUGGAAUGGGGUAUUAUUGUAUAAUAGUAUGAAUGAGCUGCUCUUAAUAAGAAAUGACAUCUUCAUUUAAUACAUACUCACAUAGUGAGGUGUUCUGUAUCCUGUGGGAGGGGAUAUAAAGAAGGAGCCCUGGCUUUGGAUUUUGCCAAUAAUAGAAAUGUACAAAUAGAGAGACACUCCUUUGAAAUAUAUAGCUCUCUAAUACACUACUGAGGCCCCAUUCUUGUAUAAAGCAGCCACUGCAGUGACUUCAAAUGGACUGAAGUCAAUAUAUCACUUUUAUCUUUCACAGUAAGGUACAGAUGCUACUAUGGUAAGUAAAUGGAUUCUACUUUAUUUGAUGCAGCAAUCAGUGGGUUUUAUUUAUUAUUUUCAAUCAGGGCCCGAAUUGUUUAUCAGUGUAGCUUUGCUGAGAGGCUUCAGUGACACAGUGGCUAGAGUGCAGAGCUGCAGUGUGGAAGGUAGUGGGUUUGAGCAGUUCAAUGACUAGAGUGCAGAGCUGCAUUGUGGAAGGUAGUGGGUUUGAGCAAUUCAAUGACUAGAGUGCAGAGCUGCAGUGUGGAAGGUAGUGGGUUUGUGCAGUUCAAUGACUAGAGUGCAGAGUUGCAGUGUGGAAGGUAGUGGGUUUGAGCAGUUCAAUGACUAGAGUGCAGAGCUGCAGUGUGGAAGGUAGUGGGUUUGAGCAGUUCAGUGGUUAGUGCUGGGCUGUAGUAUAGGAGUUAAUGGGUUUGAUAGCUCAGUGGUUCGACAAAGUGGUGCCCUGCAGAGUGGAAGGCAAUGUGCAUGCUCGUGGAUCUGAGUAUUACUUUUUUAUUCAUUAGUCUUUUAGCAGUCGCUUUUCUCCAAAGUGAUUUCGAGACUAGGGGGUGUACUAUGCAUCAACAACUGCUGCUGCAGUCACUUACAAUAGGACCCCAGUUUUACGUUUUGACUUGCUGAGGGUCACACACAGUGAGUGAGUGGCUGAGCCGGGAUGUGAACCUCCUGGUAUCAAGCCCUUUUCUUUAACCACUUGGCCACUGUACCUGAGUAGCUCAGGGUGGUGAGUUCUGGGCUACAGUGUGGAAGGCAGUGGGUUUAAGAAGCUCUGUGUUAAAAAUAGACUGUUCCUAAUUUUCUUUUCUUUUUUUGUGUAGCUCAUCACUAUCACUACUAUUUCUACUACCGUCAUGGGUACCGCUGCGCUCGCUACUGGCGUACCUACCGCUGCAAGUGAUGCCAGCACUACUGAGAAGCAGCAGCGCCCAAGGAUCACAAUGCUGGAGUUUACCUGACAGCAGACCUGCAAGCAAAGCUUAAACACACCAGCAACCUUCUUUUGUAGCAUCGCUGUAACCUUUCUGUUUCAUGUAACCUCUCCCCACACACAGCUACAGCACCCAUUCUUAUUUCUAUCAGGCAAUUUCCCAGUUUGUUUAAAACAGCUGCUCCCUGUUGUGCAUUUGGUCAAUCUCUUCAAGGAUAUAUAAUAGAGACAACAUUGUUUUUCUAUUGGGUGAUUCCCUGCCUCUCAUGAAGCAGGUCUUUACAUUGUAUGGAAAGGUGUCCUUAUUUAACAUGCAGUCUCAGAUUCUCAGUGAGAUCACAUGCUCACACAUGUUUGAAUAGAAACACAGCUGCACAUGGGCACAUAUACAAAGCGUUACUUGGAAAGCGUGCUUGAUUGAUUUGCCCCAGCUCAUAAUCACUGCACUGAGUCAGGUUUGACCAGUAGACUCCUUUCUUCUCCCAGCUCCUCACAGCCACCCUGUGAUGCCACAAGUGUCCCGUGACAGGCCUUGUUCACAGACUGACAAAAACAUUGUGUUUAUAUAGAGAUUUUCUUCAUCUCUCACUUAUUUUAAAAUCUCUUUAUUUGCAUUCAUGACAACAAAUGCUCAAACUGUUGACCAGUAUAAAUGUUGUCCUGCCAAAACAACACGAUCUGCUGUUACAUGAAACUGGGUAAAAGCCUCUCUCUUUCUGUAAAGCUUUUUCAGCAAUAAAACUAUUAGCAUCAAUGUCUCAUUUUGGACUGGUUUAUUUCACAUUAAUAU